GAGGUACAAUCCAAGAUAAGUGAUAGCAGUAUAUGAUACGGUUAUUGUCUACAAUAUUGCCUUUGUUAGGCUUCUGUCUUGUUCGUGAAACAGUAUGUGAUGACUCAGACCAAGGCUGGAAAAUAGUGACUACUGAUAUAGAUGUAACUCUUCAGAACGACACUCAGCCUGAAGGCGGCCUCUUUGUUCAAUCUCUCCAGAUAAGAACUAAAUCUACCAUCGGUUCUGAUAAGGAGAUCACCCUCAAGUUCACUUCUGAUGGCAAAAAAUAUGUGAUGGAUACAAGUGAACGUACCAGUAAGUGUAAUACAGUUACAUUUACAAAAAGAGCUGAUAGUAAUGCUUUGACACGUGAGCUCCAGAUAAAGCUAUCAGAUCCAGUUCAAUACAAGAUUGAAGGUUGUACAGCUGAUGACUGGACCAGUGCUGCGGACAGUUGUGCUCCAGAUUCCGACGGUUAUCUAACCUGGAAUAUAAGGAAAAAUUUCACUAAGACGGAUAACUCUCUGCUGGUAACAUCUCUGCUGGUAACAUGUAAUGAACAAAUAAUGGUUGAUCUGGAUCUAUCAGAUUGUUCAACUUGGUCAAGGUCUAUGCAUAGUUUCCUAUUUAUGGAUGCAACUGGCUCAAUCACUGACGGAUUUUAUCGACGGCCUCCUGGAUGCCUAACCCUUCCGAUUCAUGGUUCACCUCGAAAAUCCGAACAGAUACCUUCUUUCCUAUACCCUACCAGAAAGCCUUAUCUCUCCACUGUGAUGAAGCAGUCGCUAACAAUUUGUUACUUAUUGGUGAUCGCGUGGUGAAGUGUGAUCCUUACCAGGAAGGAGAGGGUGGUUUUGGUUACUCAAACACUCCAAGCUGUGAGACGGCAGAUCUCCGAAAUUGGAGAGAUGAUGUUGGUAGUGGAGUUCUGGUACCAAUAACACUCAUAAUGGAACCUAUACAGAUAAAAACUACAACAACUCCCGGUUCUAAUGAGCUACUGAGUAUCCUCCUUUACACUUUUACAUCCAAGAUAAGUGUGAGAUUUACAGAUCCGAUGCAAUAUUGGGUGACAUCUUGCACGACUGAUUGGGUUGACUUUACAUGUGAUGCACUGGAUGAUAAUGAUAUCCGAAUAUGGACAUUUUCAAGGGAUAUCAAUACUUCUAUUAAGAUAACAUGUAACGAAAAAGUAGUGGUCGAUUUUGAUAAGGAGUUUGGAGAUCAAGAUGAGUAUGGGACUUGUAAGAGUGAUUGGUUUUCUGAACAAGAUGAGGAUAAGUUUUGGAUUGAUCCAGAGACAACAGUUUCUGGUUACUCUUUGAAAGCUGAUCUGACGUCAUGGAGGGUACCCGAUAAAGUUACCAAUGCCAAGAAAAUGAAUCUCGAAAAGUACCCACUCCAAUUCAAAACCGAUUCAGCUUUGGGAAGUAACGCAAGUGUUGGACUUAUUUUUGAAAAUGGAAGAGGGGAUACCAAUCAAUUCCGGUUAAUGGUCGAAUUUAAAGACGAAGCGAAAUAUCUUUUCGAAAUGUGCUCUUACAAUGAAAAGGAAUUGGACUUGGCUCAAUGUUAUGCUGUAAAUGGUAAACAAGAUGAAAUAAUCUGGACCAUGGAAAGAUUUGAAAAUACUGUUCUCGUCUUCUGUAAUGGCGUACAAAUAAUCGACUAUGAGGAAUUGGCUGGGGAGCGAGACCCUGCUGAUGAAUGCGACCCAUGGAGUCUUUCUUAUGCACGGAGGCUUCGAUUCGAAAGUACUGAUGACGCAACUACAGACUACAGAUUCAUGCCAAAAAGUUGUGAUAGCAUACCAGCAGACUGGACAGGAGUAACACCCCCUCCCGAGUUACCAGUUACUGACGGUACUGUCCUCCGUCUAUCCUGUGUUAGUGAUGAAGAGGUUGUAGCUGUUAGCAGAGUAGUGACUUGUAAUCCUAGGUACCCAGAGGGGUUCCAGUACCAGGCUAAACCAGUGUGUAUCAGGGCUGAUGGAGAGGUGACAUUGGAACCGAAAUCUCCUAUUAUCAAGCAUGAUUUAACCAACUCGAUUUUGAUAACUUGUAGAUAUUUCGGACUGAAAGAACCAGACGAAGUCAAAUGGUACAAGGGUUCGGAAACAGAAGACAACAUCAUUGCCCCUGAAAAAUACACUACAGAGUCGUUCGACAGUGACACCUACAAACAAAACAGCGUACUUAAAUUAGAAAACAUUUCUGUUGUGGACAGUGGUGGCUACAUCUGCAAGUGGAUACGAACCAGUAGUAAUGUUGAUGAUGUUUCUGAAACUAUGACAAUCCACGUUAGAACUCUACAGAUGACACAAGAAGCAAAAUCUUACAGUACAGAUGGAUCCAUAAACCUUGAGUGUGCGUAUAGUGGUAAAUCUCAAGGAAGUCUGAAAUGGUUCCACAAAUCAGACGAGAUCUUGACCGGCGGAAAGAACGAAUUUAAAAACAAUGAGCAGAAAUUUACAUUAGAUAUGAAAGAUGUUAGCGUUGAGUUGAACGCAGGGAAAUACAAAUGUGUAUGGUCUGAUGAUUGGUCAGAUAAUGACGGAGACCGGAUAGAGGCUGAGACUGAAGUGGUUGUAAGAACUGGUGUAAUUGUAAGUGAUCUGAGUAAUGAUGGUCAACCGUAUAAGUAUGUUGAAGGUGAGAUUUUAGAGUUGCAGUGCCAGUUUGAGGGUGAUAUUGAGCCGAAAGCAGUCGUUUGGCAAAAUGGUGGUUCAGACAUCAACAUUGAUGGAGUUACGAACAUAAUAUUCAACUAA